AUGGCAAAAGCAUCGAAAAAAGUAUCGAAAACGGCUUACUAUAGGAUAGACGAUGAAGCCAACAAUAUCCACCGCGUUGGACCACAGUACGGCAUACUGGUUGUGCUGUUGGUGCUUGCUGCCGGUUCCGUGACCAACUAUUUCCUAACGAAUCUUCCCGAUGCACUGACGAUCGAGGACCUGGAGCGAUAUCCAAACACGUUUAUUGCUGAACGCGCCUGGAAUAAUCUAAAAAGUUUCGUGGAUUUAGGCCCGCGGGUGGCCGGGACAAAAGCAAACGAUGAAUUGGCGGUUGAAAUUUUCAAACGCGAAAUCGAAGCAAUUCAAGCCACAAAACACGCGGAUCAUGAGGUAAUCACAGAGAACCAGAUAGCGACCGGAGUAUUUAAUUUUACAUUCUAUGGAACCUCGAUGACUACUGUGUACCGUAAUGUGCAAAAUGUGGUAGUCAAGUUAGCAGGAGAAAGUGACAAUGCGCUUCUGCUGAAUUGUCAUUUCGACACCGUUCCCGGUAGUCCGGGUGCAAGUGACGACAUUGCCAGUUGUGCAGUGAUGCUGGAAAUUUUGAGAGUAAUGUCUCGCACUCCCGGACGGAACAAGCAUUCGAUUAUUUUCCUCUUCAAUGGAGCAGAAGAAACUUUACUGCAAGCUUCACACGGGUUCAUAACACAGCAUCCUUGGGCUAAGCAGGUUAAAGCGUUCAUCAAUUUGGAAUCAGCUGGUUCUGGUGGCAAGGAGGUUUUAUUUCAGAGUGGUCCGAAUCGUCCUUGGAUGGUUGAUGUGUAUGCGAAAACAGUCAGAUAUCCGUUCGCGCAAGCCAUGGCAGAAGAGCUAUUCAAAACAGGACUCAUUCCAUCCGAUACUGAUUUCCGAAUUUUCAGGGAUUACGGAGAGGUACCUGGAAUGGAUUUGGCUCAUUUCCUAAACGGCUACCGAUAUCACACCAAGUACGAUUCGCUGGACUACCUGUCGCUACCAGUUCUGCAACAUACCGGUGAUAACGCCCUGGCCUUGACACGGGGUAUAGCAAACAAUGAGCACUUAUCAGCUGUUGUAGACGAACAAGAGUCAAGCGCUGUUUUCUAUGACUUCUUGGGACUGAUUUUCAUAAAUUACUCUUCGGAGGUGGCAAAGUUUAUCAACGUAGUGGUGGCCAUGUUGUCGGUACUGAUACCAUAUCUCUGUCUAUCAAGGGCUACCGAUGGCCAGGAUAAUAAAUCUAUUCGAAGAGAAGCAUUUUACGGAUUCCUAGCGAUCUUGAUUGGAACUGUGUUAAGUUUAUCUACUGUUACACUUUUAGCUCGCCAAAUGGAAGCUAUGAAUAAAUUGAUGACGUGGUACAGUAAUCGAUGGCUGAUUCUUUGUCUUUACUGCGCUCCAGUUCUAGUGGUUCACUGUUUAACGCAAAUGUUCUUCAACUCGUAUUUUGCAAAUAAGAAGACUUCUUUAACCACUGGAAUCAUAACACAAGCAAAAAUAAUCGGUGUGAACAUUUUCUGGAGCAUUGCUAGCUUGUCGCUCACUUUUGCUGGCUAUCGAUGUGCAUAUAUUUUCAUGAUAUUGCAGCUUUGCUCUGUGCUGACCACCACUUUAAACUGGCUGCUCGCGGCUCAACGCACAGUACGGAAAUGGCUGCAGGUUCAUCUGCUAUUUCAAUUGGUGGCCAUCGCUUGGUCAUCAUUUUAUUACAUUGUUUUUGUAAACCUCUUUGUGCCAAUAACUGGGCGUUCAGGACGCGUCGUUAAUCCUGACUUCAUCAUAGGAACCGUUGUUGGACUAUGUGUAGUGCACACCUGCAGUUAUCUACUACCGUUGAUAACGCUUGUCAGGAAACCCUCGCAACUAACAGCUGGUUUUUGUGCGAUCUUCCUGCUUACAUUACCCGUAGUGUGUUUUACGUCGAUUGGGUUUCCUUAUCGCGAUUCGACAGCUGGUGAACCCUCAACGCAACGUCACAUUGUAACUCAUACAAUGCGAGCAUUCCACGACGAAAUAGGUCUACUCAAGUAUACGGACAAUGGUUUCCUUUUUGAAACCAUGGAUGUUAAUGGGGGUCGAACACUAAAGCAACACAUUGCCUUUGAUGAUAGUUUCACACCAAUAGAGAACAUGAAAUCCUGCAAGGAUGAGCUAUUCUGCGCUAUUCCAUUCGAUGCGAUGUGGCGCCAGAUGCACUUCGAUCAUUUUUGGCAAUCGGCCGAAACUGCCCCUAUAGUCCAUAACAUGUUCACAUUGGCUUACGAAGGUAAAGAAAAACUAAGCGACCACAUAUGGAGAAUCAAUUUUAAAGCGGAAGGAAAUCUCCAAUCUGCGGUUUAUGUUGGGCCCAAACCAGGAGUGGAAUUGGUAGCUUGGAGUUUGCAAGAUGUGGUAGCUCCCCCAGUAACUUUCAAUAACCAAAAAGCAUAUUUUGUGUACAUCACGCACGGACUAGCCAAUCCUAAGCCUUGGAAUAUAACAAUGGACUUUAAGAUCGAAAAUCCAAGCCACGACGGGCUACUUGUGGAGUUUGGAGUUGUUAGCAAGUUUUGGGAAUAUCACGAAAUGCACAAUGACGAAUUUAAGGAACUGUUGGCGAAAUUCCCACCUUGGACUAACGUAGUUCCUUCUGUUGCGAUAGUCAAUAUGUUUGCGUUGUAA